GUACCUCAUCUUUCUAUGUCUUAUACAAUUUUUGAAUCCUUAAUGGUUCUAACAUUUCGGUGUAUACAUACACACAUAGGAACUCUAGGGUUUUGAAGCUGAAUGUCUCUCCUUUUAUGCUUUAGCUUGAAUUCUGUUUGACUUUUUUGUUCUCUACUAUGGAUAUAAAGAUGAAUAUAUAUGUAGAGUUUAAACACUUUAUUCGUUCAUGUCCUCUAAUUAAUCCGAAACAUAAGCUUAUGAUACCUUUUGUUGCUUGAAAGAUCUUAUUUUUCAUCUCCCCAAGUUCAGUGUUGUUCUUUGUAUGUUGCAAUUGUUAUUAUACAAAACUUGAAUUUGUAAAAUUUUUUGUAAAAGUUGUAAGAUCGAGGAAGAGAGAUGUAGAAAGAUUUUAGUGGUGGAGUUGAACUUUUUAGGAUUGGUUAUUAUUUGUUCAGAAUAUUUCUUGCUAAGGUGGUAAAUUUCCAUCCUGGGUUUUACACCUUUUGUUGACUUGCUGGUCAUGGAUAGAAAUUUGGGAAGGGAUUAUCCUUCAAGGAAUGUAACCAUAGACGAUGAUGAAACCCUUUCAGUUUUUUCGGAUCAGAAUUUGUUGGAUGAUUUUAAUGUUGGUAGUAAUUACGAAAAUCAAAACUUUGUUCAAAUUCCUCCACUUCCGUCUGAUUCAGACUGUAAUAGUUUAAUUCAGUCGUAUAGUGUGAAUUCGGGGGGUGAUUCUCAUGAGGACUGUGAUUUGAGUGAUGUGGUCCUUAAGUACAUAAGUGAGAUGCUUAUGGAAGAAGAUACAGAAGAGAGGCCAUGUCUGUUUCAAGAGUCUGCCGCUCUUCAGGCUGCUGAGAAAUCGUUCUAUGAGGUCAUUGGGGAGAAGUACCCUCCUUCACCUGAUCGCCAGCCGAUGCCUAAUAUAGAUCGAAAAACCAAAAGCCCUGUUGAAAAAUGUGUUGGAGAUUGCAGCAAUUGUUAUGGUAGUGACAUUGCUGGUGAUGGAGACUUGUCAUGCCCAAGUUGGGUUCCUCAUCUUAGUGAGUAUGAUUCAUCCUAUGUAGAAAGUUUUUCUGUGGACCUUGCUUCACAGACCACUUCUCAGCCUUCCUACAGCAUGUCGAGUAGCACUGGUCCUGUGGAUUCACUAGAGAGUACCUUCAGUAUUUCUGAUAUGUUUAGGGAUGGCCAGUCUGUUAUGAAGUCUAAAAAGGGGGUUGAGGAGUCAAGUUCCUUCCAACCUAAUGGCAACGGAUACUUUGCCAAAUGGGGGAGUACUGAGUCGGUUGUGAAGGAUCAAAAGGAAGAGAUUAAGGGUGUGAUAAUCCAAAUGGAGAAGAAGUAUGAGAACGAUUGCUCCAUUGAUGGAUCAAGGGGAAGGAAGAAUCAUCAUCGUGGAGAUUCGGAUGUCGAGAGAAGGAGUAACAAGCAGUCGGCAUUCUACACUGAAUCAACUGUGAGACCAGAAAUGUUUGAUAUGGUGCUGCUAUGUAAUGCAGGGCAAAGUGAAGCUGCUCUUCGUGAAACUUUGCAGAAUGGAAAAAGUAAAAUUCUGCCACAAAAUGGUCAAUCAAAGGGAUCUAAUGGUGGUAAGAAGGGAGGUAAAAGAGAAGUGGUGGACUUGAGAACUAUGUUGACACUCUGUGCACAAGCGGUUGCAGCUGAUGAUCGAAGGACCACAAAUGAGUUUCUGAAGCAGAUCAGGCAACAUUCUUCUCCAACAGGGGAUGGCAUGCAGAGACUGGCUUAUUAUUUUGCUGAUGGUCUUGAAGCACGCAUGGUUGGCUCUGGAACCCAGAUAUACAGAGACAUUACUAAGAUGCCAACAUCGGCUGCUGAUCUCUUGAAAGCUUACCAUCUCUUUCUUGCUGCUUGUCCCUUUAGAAAGAUCUCCAAUCUUUUCGCAAACAAGACAAUUAUGAAUAUAGCCAAAAAUGCAACCAGACUCCAUAUUAUUGAUUUUGGUAUUCUUUAUGGCUUCCAGUGGCCUUCCCUCAUACAACGUCUCUCAAAUCGCCUUGGUGGACCUCCCAAACUUCGGAUCACUGGGAUUGAUUUUCCACACCCGGGUUUCCGACCAUCAGAGUUGCUUGAGGAGACGGGAAUUCGAUUAGCUAAAUAUGCAGUGACCUUCAACGUUCCAUUUGAGUUCCAUUGCAUUGCACAGAAGUGGGAAACAAUCCAGAUAGAGGAUCUUAAGAUUGAAAAAGAUGAGGUGCUCGUAGUGAACUCUCUAUUCAGACUUAGGAAUCUACUUGAUGAGACUGUGGUGUUGGACUGUCCAAGGGAUUCUGUUCUGAAGCUUAUCAGGAAUAUGAAUCCAGAUAUUUUCAUCCAGGGGAUUGUAAAUGGCACUCAUAGUGCCCCAUUCUUUAUCACACGAUUCCGCGAGGCACUUUUUUACUUCUCUUCCUGGUUUGAAAUGCUUGAGACUAAUAUUCCCCUUCAAAUUCCAGAAAGAACACUGCUCGAGAAAAUGAUUUUAGGAAAGGAGGCAAAGAAUGUCAUUGCAUGUGAAGCUGCUGAGAGAAUUGAAAGGCCAGAGACAUACAGGCAGUGGCAAGUUCGGAAUCUCAGGGCUGGAUUUAGGCUGCUUGAUUUGAACGAGGAGAUCAAGAAGAUGGCCAAAGAUUGGGUGAAGUCAUCGUACCACCCAGAUUUCAUAAUUGAUGAAGACGCACAAUGGAUGUUGCUGGGAUGGAGGGGACGGAUUAUACGUGCACUUUCUUCUUGGAGGCCGGCAUAUUGAACACAUUUACCCAAUCACUGAAAAUUGGCCAGAUAUCAUUGAACAUGUCAACGCACUUUAAUAUCUUGAGCAAAUUACUGUUCAUUUCUAGACUGAUUGUUUCUGUUUAAAAUCCUAGAUGCAUACUGUCUUUCUUUUCAUCUGGUUUACUUGUAGUGCACAUGGAUAUUGUAUGUAGUCUUCCAUGUUAAGAUAUGUACAAACCUAAGGUUCAAAAUAUGCUCACUGUGUCUACUUAGCAGGCAUGGUGGGAGAAGAAUUUUGAGGUGCUGCCUUCCUAUUGUUUUGCUAUGCAGACUCCAAAUGCAGUAAGCUGUACCAGUUACCAUCAAUUCAAUGUAAAAAUCAUAAUUUACAGUUGUGAUCCUGAUACUUAUUAGACACAUUUCUGUAUGCUGUUGUGAGGAAAUGGGCAAAGUCGGAAUCCGACAGAUAAAAGGGAAAAUAAUCUGGAAGAAGAACAACCU